AUGGAGAUUGGGAGGCAAGAUGAGAUCAAUGACCUCUCAGUGUCCCCUCCAACCAUGGGCUCCGUGAACAUAGCAGGAGGCAAUGGCUUUGGCCACAACGUUGACUUCAUGUCCCAAGCCUACCUCAGGAACAGGAGCUUCGAGAUCGAUAUCGAGGACCAGACCUCUGAAACAAAUAAAGAUCACCCUCUACCCAUGUUUCUCAAGUUUGAGGAUGUGGAGUACAAGGUGAGAAUGGCCGGGGCUUCUUCCGGUAACCCGGUGAAGGCAGUGGUGUCAAGGGUGGCCUCACAGCUGAACAUGGAGCAGGACAACUACAAGCAGAUACUGAAGGGGAUAACGGGAAGCGUUGGCCCCGGGGAGAUCCUAGCUUUGAUGGGUCCUUCUGGCAGUGGGAAAACCACAUUGUUAAAGAUUAUAGGAGGAAGGUUGCGUGAAGGUGUUAAGGGAACCACAACUUACAAUGACACUCCAUAUAGUCCAGCUCUUAAGAGGAGGAUCGGCUUUGUCACACAAGAUGAUGUGCUGUUACCACAAUUGACGGUGGAGGAAACCUUGGUUUUUUCUGCAUUUUUAAGACUUCCAAGCAGUAUGAGCCACAGACAGAAGUACAAAAGAGUGGAGAUGAUAGUCAAGGAACUUGGCCUAGAAAGAUGUCGCCACACACGAGUAGGAGGAGGUUUCUUGAAAGGGGUAUCUGGGGGAGAGAGAAAAAGAACCAGUAUCGGGUAUGAAAUUCUUGUUGAUCCUUCCCUACUAUUGCUCGACGAACCAACUUCGGGUCUUGAUUCAACCUCUGCAAAUAGACUUGUACAGAUCCUUCAAGGUGUUGCUAAGGCUGGAAGGACAAUAAUCACAACAAUCCACCAGCCCUCGAGCAGGAUGUAUUACAUGUUUAAUAAAGUUCUGCUGAUAUCAGAAGGGUAUCCUGUGUACUAUGGCAAGGCUAGAGAGUCUAUGGAGUACUUCUCGUCUCUGAGAUUCAUCCCAGAUAUAACCAUGAAUCCUGCAGAGUUCUUGUUAGAUUUAGCAACUGGACAAGUGAAUGAUAUUAGGGUGCCUGACGAUUUAAAUGCGUCUCGAAGCGCAGCUGAUUCUGAGAGGGUUGUCAAAUAUCUCCAGCUCAAGUACAAAACUUUACUAGAGCCAAAAGAAAAGGAAGAGAAUCAUCGUACACCAGAGGUGUCAGAACAACUUCGACUAGCAAUUCAAGUUAAGAAGGAUUGGACGAUCUCUUGGUGGGAACAGUUCAUGAUAUUGUCAAGGAGAACAUUCAGAGAGAGAUACACAGAGUAUUUUGAUACGCUAAGACUAGUCCAAGCCGUUGGAGUUGCAGUCUUGUUAGGCCUUCUCUGGUGGAAAUCAAAUACUGCAACCGAGGCUCAGCUCAGAGAUCAGGUUGGUUUGAUGUUCUACAUAUGCAUUUUCUGGACAUCGUCGUCAAUCUUUGGAGCUGUAUAUGUCUUCCCAUUUGAGAAGGUCUAUCUGGUGAAAGAAAGGAAAGCCGACAUGUACAGGUUAAGCGUGUAUUAUGUAUGCAGCACCUUGUGUGACAUGGUCGCUCAUGUUUUAUAUCCUUCAUUUUUCAUGGCUAUUUUGUACUUCAUGGCUGGCUUCAAGAGGACUGCCUCUUGCUUCUUCCUGACCUUGUCUGCUGUCCUAUUGAUAGCUAUUACAAGCCAAGGGGCCGGAGAAAUGUUUGGUGCUGCAGUACUAAGCAUCAAGAGGGCAGGGAUGAUUGCUUCUUUGGUACUAAUGCUUUUUCUUCUCACAGGAGGCUAUUAUGUUCAGCACAUUCCAAAAUUUAUGCGGUGGCUGAAGCAUGUGUCCUUCAUGUUCUAUGGAUUUAGGCUUCUGCUGAAGGUGCAGUAUUCAGGAGAUGAGCUCUAUGAAUGUGAAAGCAAAGGGGGUUGCAGAGCUCUGCAGAGUUCCCCUUCAUUUGACACAGUGAACUUGGAUGGUGGCAUGAAAGAGGUAUGGGUGCUGCUGGCCAUGGCUCUAGGUUACAGGUUCUGUGCAUACAUUUGCCUAAGGAAAAGAGUCAGCACCAGCCAUCUCUGA